GGGGCGACAGGCAUCGGGCCCCCAGGUGGAGCGGCAGGCGCCGGACCCCCAGGCGGAGCGACAGGCCUCAGGCCCCCAGGUGGAGCGGCGGGGCACCGGACCCCCAGGCAGAGCGACAGGUCUCGGGCCCCCAGGCGGAGCGGCGGGCGCCGGACCCCCAGGCGGAGCGACAGGUCUCAGGCCCCCAGGCGGAGUGACAGGUCUCAGGCCCCCAGGCGGAGCGGCGGGCGCCGAGUCACCCAGGCACGACAGUGGGCUCCGAGUCAACUGGCAAGACUGACGGGCACCGAGCCAACUGGCGGAACAGCGGGCUUCGAGUCGUCUGGC